CACUGGCUUCUUUGUGAUCUGCUUGGAGUGUUUGUGUAUCACUUAAUGCUGAGCAGAGAGCUCACCCCGCCUGGGUGUGCCACCCUAGAGAGCUGCCACCAGGCCUUUGUGACAGGGCUCUGCUGGGCCAGAAGCAGCAGUGGAGAAGUAGAAGAGAUGAAAGCUUUCCCAGGCUGCACGCUGCGUUGGUCCCUAAGAAAGGUUCAGCGUGAGCCUGGGAGAUGGCAGUGAUGGAAGUGGCCUGCCCAGGCAGCCCUGCCUCCACGGUUGAGCAGCAGAAAGAGCUCACCAAAGCCAAGGAGAAGCCCCAGGUGCUGGCGAAGAAGCAGAGCUGCGUGCAGCUGGAGGCCAUGGGCAAGAGCCCUGUAUUCUGUGGGAAGUGGGGCCUCCUGAACGAUGUGAUCACCAAAGGCACAGCCAAGGAAGGCUCCGGCGGUGGACCAUCCGCCAUUUCCAUUAUCGCCCAAGCAGAGUGUGAGAACAGCCAGGAGUUCAGCCCUACCUUUUCAGGACGAAUCUUCAUCGCGGGUUCAAAGCAAUACAACCAGUCAGAGAGUCUUGAUCAGAUCCCCAACAAUGUGGCCCACGCAACCGAGGGCAAAAUGGCCCCUGUGUGUUGGAAGGGAAAGCGUCGCAGCAAAGCCCGGAAGAAACGGAAGAAGAAGAGCACAAAGUCCUUGGUGCAGGCUGGAGUGGCCUUGGCCAAGCCCCUGCCCAGGACCCCUGAGCAGGAGAGCUGCACAGUCCCAGUGCAGGAGGACGAGCCCCCACUAGGCACCCUGUAUAGCAGAAACGUCCCCCAGCUCCCCAAGCCUCUGAAGGAACCAGGCCCCAACCACCUCUGCUUUAAGAAACUCAGUGAGGGCCUUCAGCCGGUGCUGCCACGACCAGAACUCCACAAGCUGAUCAGUCCCUUACAAUGUCUAAACCACGUGUGGAAACUGCAUCAUCCUGGGGACAUGAGCCCCCUACCUCGGUCUGCCCGCCCCUUCCCCUACAGCAGACUGCCCCAUCCCUUCCCCUUCCACCCACUCCUGCCCUGGAAGCCACACCCUCUGGACUCGUUUGUCCUGAGCAAGUUGGCUUGUACAGAUGGCCAGCAGCCCCUGCCCUACCCAGCCCUUGGCAAACCAGCCUAUGUGGACAGUCAGAAGCUGCUGCCAAACCCACCCCACAAGCCCAACUGCCCAGCUCCUGCCCAAGAGAAGGGUUCUGUGGAAGAGUACCUGGUGCAUGCCCUGCGUGGCAGUGUGAGCUCCGGCCAGGCGCACAGCCUGGCCACCCUAGCCAAGACCUGGUCAGCAGGAGGCUUCAGGCUCCAGAGGCCCAGCCCUGAAACUGAGGACAAUGAGGGGGUGCUGCUUACUGAGAAACUAAAGCCAGUGGAUUAUGAGUAUCUCGAAGAGGUGCACUGGGCCACGCACCAGCCCCGCCUGGGCAGAGGUUCCUUCGGAGAGGUCCACAGGAUGCAGGACAAGCAGACAGGUUUCCAGUGUGCUGUCAAAAAGGUACGAGUUGAGGUGUUUCGAGCAGAAGAACUGAUGGCAUGUGCAGGACUGAACUCACCCCGAAUCGUCCCUCUGUACGGCGCAGUGAGGGAAGGUCCUUGGGUCAACAUCUUCAUGGAGCUGCUAGAAGGUGGCUCCCUGGGCCAGCUCAUAAAGCAGAAGGGCUGUCUACCAGAGGACCGGGCCCUCUUCUACCUGGGCCAGGCAUUAGAGGGGCUAGAGUACCUGCAUGCACGAAGGGUUCUGCACGGAGAUGUGAAAGCUGACAACGUGCUCCUGUCCAGCGAUGGGAACCGCGCAGCCCUCUGUGACUUUGGCCAUGCUGUGUGCCUGCGACCGAGUGGCGUGGGGAAGUCCUUGCUCACAGGUGACUCCAUCCCCGGCACGGAGACCCACAUGGCCCCUGAGGUGGUGCUGGGGAAGCCUUGUGACACCAAGGUGGAUGUGUGGAGCAGCUGCUGCAUGAUGCUACACAUGCUCAACGGCUGCCACCCCUGGACCCAGUACUUCCGAGGGCCGCUCUGCCUCAAGAUCGCCCGUGAACCUCCGCCUGUGAAGGAGAUCCCAGCCUCCUGUGCCCCUCUCACAGCCCAGGCCAUCCAGGAGGGGCUGAGGAAGGAGCCUGUCCACCGUGCAUCAGCCAAGGAGUUGCUGGGGAGGGUGUGUGGGGCGCUGCAGCAAGUGGGAGGUCUGAGGAGCCCUUGGAGGGGAGAAUACAAGGAGCCCAGACGCCCACUGCAAGGCCAGGCCGCCUGCCCCCAGACUCCACACGCCCAGCUGCAGGAGUGCUCACCCCCGGAUGGCAACAUGGGUUCAGCCCUGACAGUUCAUCCACCUCUGCCGCCAGAGCCCCCAGAGCAGAAGGAGUCUCCCGCUCCGAACCUGAGCCAGGAGGACUCUGGUCCCUGGGAAGCCUUGCCUCUGUGCUCCCUGGACCCGGCCCCAGCGAGGAGCCCCAGCUCACCGGGGCACAGAGCAGCCCUCCCCGAGCUGGAGCUGCAGCAGCUGGAGACAGAAUUGUUUCUCAACAGCCUGUCCCAGCCUUUCUCUCUAGAGGAACAGGAGCAGAUUCUCUCAUGUCUCAGCAUCGACAGCCGCUCGCUGUCAGACAGCAGUGAGAACCCAUCGAAGGCCUCUCAGAGCUCGAGGGACACCCUGAGCUCCGGCGUCCACUCGUGGGGCAGCCAGGCAGAGGCUCGGAGUUCCAGCUGCAGCACGGUGUUGGCCUGGGGGCGGCCUGCUGACACCCCUAGCUACUUCAACGGUGUGAGAGUCCAAAUACAGUCUCUCAACGGGGAACAUCUGCACAUCCGAGAGUUCCACCGGGCCAAAGUGGGAGACAUUGCAACUGGCAUCAGCAGCCAGAUCCCAGCCACAGCCUUCAGCUUGGUGACCCACGACGGGAAGCCUGUUCACUGUGACAUGGAGGUGCCAGACUCGGGCAUUGACCUGCGGUGCACCCUGGCCCCUGACAGCAGCUGCGCCUGGAGCUGGAGGGUGAAGCACGGCCAGCUGGAGAACAGGCCGUAGCCCCACCUGCCCCUGCCGACAAGGCAGUGUCCUCAGUGCCUGGUGCUGCCCCCGACGGGCCAGCUACUUGAGGUCUGCUGUACCCUGGGAGCAAGUGAAGUGCCACCCAGGCCUCUCAACUGAGCCUGGUGCCCUGCCCUCCAUGUGCAGAGACGGAGGCAGGAGGACUUGCAUUAUGCCCCCCCCACCAGCCAGGGCAGCAGUGGGCCCAGCCUUGGGUUUGUGGGCACCUCAGCCCCUAGCCUGGCCACCCUGACCAUCACCCACUUUGGGAUGGAGUAGAGAGGGAGGGGCUCGGUCUGGCACAGGUCCUCAGUAGAACUGCCGCCUCCAAGAGCUGUCACGGCACAGGUCUGGAGUCGACCUGCAGUUAGGCCAGGGACCAGAGGUGGUGGCAGGAGAUAGUUCUUGGUCCCCAAGCUCAGCACACGUCACCCACAGCUGGCCACUACUGCUCCACAGAGUGCUUGGCCCCUGUGCUCAGCUUCCGCACCUGUGAGUGCAGAGUGCCCCGCAGAUGGGGUGGUGGCUGCUACAGAGCGGCAGGUGCAGAUGCCCUGCCUACUACCCUCGUCCACUCGCACUGGUCUGCCCUCCCUUGGCAUGGGGACUGCUGCCAGCCACACUUCGCAAUCUGGUGACCCCAAAGCACUUUCCCGGCUGCCUGCCAGGAUGGCCGUGGCUCUGCAUGGCACACCAGGCCAGGGUAGGGAGGGCCAUGGUCACAAGUGUGCACACGUGGCCUCCAGACUAGAGUCGAGCACUGUCCCCUCUGCUCCGGGCAGCUGCUCAGGACUCAUGUAGCAUUAAAUCAACUGUGAAUCAGAGACGUUUCUCCCCACCGUGCCAAGGUGGACUGUCUCCAGCUGUUCUGUGAGAACAGACUGCUCCAUUGAAUGCACCCAAUGCGCCGGGCCUAGCUGAGGGGCCACCCUUCACUGCAACAUGUGGGUUGCGGAGGACUGUGAGGAAUAAAACGGUGUUGAUAAAUGAAA